AUGCUAGAAUCUCGCAAUAGUAAUGAAUUAGAUUUAGCCUACAUGCCGUAUCAUGAAGGCCUCGUAAACCACAAGGCACCGCCCGUGCGCGCGAGCCUUUCAGUACGUGUCUCUAAACAGCAGCAACACACACAACACUCGUCAUACUUUGGCGAUAGCGAUGACGACGACGUGUCGGACGACCCAGCUUGGAUGAAUGCGCCCCGAGGCAGUUUACAGCCUGCAUUUCCCCCCAGUCUCAUGAAGAAGGCAUCCACUUGGUCCGUCACGGACUCGCAGACGUCGAGCCCACUGUCAAAUCCUACUUGCAGCGCGGGAGAAGAGGAAGAGCAGCAGGAGCAGGAGAAGCCACACGAGAACAAGAAGGAUGACGAUGAUGACGAUGAUGACAGUUUCCCGUCCACAAUGCCGACGCUACGGACAUCGUUUCGUCCUAAGGUUUCUACACUUGAAAAGAAAAGCUCUAAAAGUGGAAGUGGUAGCGUCAACAACAAAGCGAAUGACAAGCUGACGAUGGACCUAAAGCUUUGCAAAUGUAAAAACAUGCCCAUCAACCAAGCUCCAGCUAAUCCCAUGGACUUAAACACGAUGGUAAAUCAGGAUGUGCCUAGAAACUCGCGCAGCAAUGCAGAGGUAGGAAGUCUGUCAGUAGAAAAGAAGGGAUUGGAUACGCCUAUGAAGGGGUCGGAUUUAUCGGUCAAAGGGUUGGAUUCGCCUGUCAAGGACUUGACGACGCCGGCAAGCGCUGCAGUUAGUAGAGGCAACAAUGGUUACCGUGGCAGCAUGAUGCGCUACCGUCCGAGCGACAUAAAGGCACAAGACUUUACGACGGCCAUGAUGUCGCGUGAUAGCUUGGCACCUGAGAAUUUCGAAUCCAGCACGGACCUCUUAUCUAGCAGUCGUAGCAGCAACUUGGCAUUCAACGACCAGGCUGGCAGCAGUCGGGGCAGCAAUGUGUUCGGCAGCAGUCGGGGCAGCAAUGUGUUCGGCAGCAGUCAGGGCAGCAAUGUGUUUGGAAGUAGCCGUAGCUUGGACACGUUUACUACCAGCCGCUGCAAGGAUCCUCUCAGUGCGCGCGGCUCGGUGAUGCAUUUUGGCCCGCGUGUGACGGACGAGGGUCUUUCGGCUUAUCUUCAGGCGGUCAAAUCUGGCAACCUUCAGCUGCUACGCACAUGCUUAGAGGACAGAAACACGGACUUCACUGAGCGAGACCCGGUUCACGGUCAGUCAGCGAUGCAUAUUGCUGUGCGCUUCGGCCAAUUGCACGCUGUUCAAUUGUUGUGUGGCAAAAAGACACGCGGCCUGCUAAUUGAUGCCGUAGAUAACAGACAAAAUACCCCACUGCACCUGGCAUCGGCCAAGUCGCGCCGAAUCACCAAGUACUUGUUAGAGCACGGCGCUAGCGCUUCGCGCGUAAACAAUCGCAACCAAACACCAUUAGCAGUGCACAUUAUUACGACCAAGCGGGAUGAUCCGGUGAUUACAGAGAUGCUGCUGCAGCACAAGACGGAUCCCAACUGCCAGAUUGGUAACAGCACGCUGCUGCACAAGGCAGUAGACCUAGACCUUCACGAGAUUGCCUACCGCCUAGUACGCCAUGGUGCUCGUCUCGACGUGAAAGAUGCUCAAGGGAAGAUGGUGUUCGAGAAGGUUGACCGUAAGAUUCUCCGCCAACUCUGCGGCAGAAUCUCGUACCCGCCCGUGUGGGUUUCUAACACGGAACGCAAGAGCUGCAUGAGCUGCCUGCGAAACUUCAGUCCCAUUGGUGUUGGUGUGCGUCGUCAUCACUGCCGCCACUGUGGUCGCCUUAUCUGUGGGCGUUGCUCGCAUGUGUCCAUCGAGAGCGAGGCGUUUCCGACCACAUUCAUCGGCCAUAUUGAUCGCAAUCCGUCGGACGAGCGUUCCAACAUCAAGCGUGUGUGCAACACAUGCAGCAGUGUAUUCGACGAGCGUGCCAAGCAAGCGAGCUCUCCAGGUGGCAAUGGCAAGUGGUCUGAUGCCUUUAUGGAUAGGAUCAUAGGCUGCGCCUGGGAGGAGGUUGAGCAGAAGGACAACAGCAGCAAUAAUCAGUCCUCGCGACGCAAGUCCUUUGAAGCAUAG